UGAAUUUGGGGACUUGAAUUACAGAAAUGCAAAAGCUCUCCUGGAGCAGCCACGCCUUCAAAUUUGGGCUGGGAGGGAGCUUGACGGAGCUGGGGAUAUGGCGAUGCCAAUCGCUCGAUGUCUGCCUCGAUUGCUGCCGAGAUACUGCUCAACGGCAUGAUUUGAAAGCUCGUUGGAUUCACUCUAUUCUCCUUGUUGGUCAGCAACUGGAAUCAUCAAUUGCAUUUUUCUCGAGCUCCGGUCAAGAACGGUUCUUGCUGGAAAUCAAUCAAGAAUUUUAGGUUUGGAGUCGGGCAAGGUGAGGCAGAACUGGGACGUGCCUUUACUUCUCAAGCCUUGCAGUCUAUUCAAGCUUCUCCACUCUUCGAUAAUUCACGUUAUCCAUUCGCUGAGGCCAAUCGAACAAACUUGCAAUUCUUGAAACACCAGGGAUCACCUUUUUGUAAGAGAGCAUCUGCUCUCUCUAAUUAUAGGCGCUGCGCAACGGCUUCAUCGACAGGGAUAGCUGAGCAAGCAUCUAGCCAAGGUGAAAACCAAAUGGCGAGCUCAACACCGCACAAUGACGAGUCCAUUUCUUAUCUUUCCCAAGCUGAGGCCUCAGCCAUCGACGAGUUGCUUAUGGGAGAACUUGGUUUUUCAAUUGAUCAGCUCAUGGAAUUGGCAGGAUUGAGUGUGGCAUCAGCUGUUUCUGAGGUUUACGAAGCAAACCACUAUCGUCGGGUACUAAUUAUUUGUGGACCUGGCAAUAAUGGAGGAGACGGGCUUGUGGCUGCUCGGCAUUUGUGCCAUUUUGGAUACAAACCAACCAUCUGUUAUCCAAAACGGACCAAUAAGCCUUUGUACCAAGGACUUGUGACUCAGUUGGAAAGCCUGAAAAUACCUUUUGUAUUACCAGAGGAGCUACCCUCGAAACUGAAAGAUCAAUUUGACCUUGUCAUUGACGCCAUGUUUGGGUUUUCGUUUCAUGGUAUACCACGUCCACCAUUCGAUUCCCUACUUCGAAAACUGGUGGCACCAAAUGGAAAGAAAGCUGAGGAAGUGGGAGUCCCACCUAUUGUGUCAGUGGAUAUACCAUCUGGUUGGCACGUCGAGAAUGGAGACACCGAAGGCACCUGUUUACGGCCUGAUAUGCUGGUUUCAUUGACAGCACCUAAACUUUGUGCAAAAAUGUUUAAGGGUGCUCAUCAUUAUGUCGGGGGUCGGUUUGUUCCCCCAGCAAUUGUUGAAAAAUUUUCCGUUCGUCUACCGUCGUAUCCUGGUCAUUCCAUGUGCGUACGUAUAAGCCCUACGGAAUCACAGCCCGUAGACAUUGCAGCGCUUAGACUUAAUUAUGUUGGUUUUGAACUGCUCGAAGAAUCGGCUAAAAAAGAUCCCUUUGAGCAGUUCAAAACGUGGUUUGAUGAAGCUGUUUCACGUAAAGUAUCAGAGCCGAAUGCCAUGACCUUGGCAACGGCUAGUGAAAAUGGACAACCGUCUGCGCGAUUGGUGCUACUGAAAGCCCUUGAUGAACGAGGCUUUGUUUGGUAUACCAACUAUGAUAGUCGGAAGGCAGCCGAAUUGAAAGCCAAUCCAAAAGCCUGUUUGGUCUUUUUCUGGGAACCCCUGCACCGCUCUGUGCGAAUUGAAGGCAGUGUUGAAAUGGUUUCUUCGGAAGAAUCAGAUUCCUAUUUCCACAGCCGCCCUAGAGGGAGCCAGAUUGGUGCUCUUGUCAGUGCUCAGAGUUCUGUCAUACCUGGACGACAUGUGCUGGACAAGGCGAACGAGGAGCUGAAUGCAGAAUAUGCUGAUGGAAAAUUCAUUCCGAGGCCGGCUCAUUGGGGAGGCUUCCGGUUAAUCCCUGAAAUGAUCGAGUUCUGGCAGGGUAGAGAGUCGCGCCUGCAUGACAGGUUGCGUUACACAAGAGAAGGUGAUAGCAACGGACAGAAGACUUGGAAAAUCGACCGUCUAUCGCCGUAAUUUGUUUCCAUACAUUUGAGGGAGGAGAGGGGAAAGCUGGAGUGCUUCAAAUCUUGAGCAGCCCUUGGCCAAGACAAUGUGGAUGAAGGCAGCGUUAUAGUACUGAAACGUAGGAGUGACUGAUGAGCAGAGGUUACUUCAUAAUGCCAGUAUUGUGAUGUGGAGUUGAAGUGCAAUGGAAUAACAUUUGGGUAAAAUUAAGACUACAUUCCUUUAUGCAUACAUUAUAUCACAAGCUACAUAUGCAGUUAAUAUGAAGUUAGAGGAAGCAUCUAAUUACAUGCUAUGGAGCUAUAGAGUUCAAAUGAUUCUAAUGCAAGAAAAUUUGUAGAGAUUGAUUGAAACA